ACUAUUGAUCCGCCUUCGGUGCGUUGUGUGGCCAUCUUUCCGGCGGGAGAACAGUGCGGGCAUGGCGUCGGUGCUGCGGCUCCUAGUCCUGCUCGCGUGUGGCCUGGGGCCCGCCGUCCGCGCCCUGGAGCCGCGGGAGGUCUUCACCAACUCCUUCCUGGUCCGGCUAAGGGGAGACCACGAGCCACGCGCCGCCGAAGCAGUCGCCAAACGCAACGGAUUCCACAGCAUCGGACCGGUGCUGGGAUCCAAGAACGAGUACCACUUCGUUCACCGCGCCGUGCCCCGAGCCCGCACCAAGCGAAGUAUCCCGCACAUGCGCAAACUACGGGCCGACCCGCAAGUGGAGGCGGCCAUCCAACAAACUGGUUUCAAGCGGGUCAAACGCGGCUACACGGAGCUCAAGCUCGGACCCGAAAACCUCAGGCUUCAGCGAGAGCCCACGGACCCUUACUUUCCGUACCAGUGGUACUUGAAAAACGUGGGCCAGAACGGCGGCAAGCCGCGGCUGGAUCUGAACGUUGAGGCCGCCUGGGCUCAGGGAUUCACGGGCAAGAAUGUUACUACAGCCAUUAUGGACGAUGGGGUUGACUAUAUGCACCCGGACCUUCGGGACAAUUACAAUGCCAAAGCCAGUUACGACUUCAGUAGCAACGACCCCUUCCCAUACCCGAGGUACACCGACGAUUGGUUCAACAGUCAUGGAACACGGUGUGCCGGCGAAGUCUCUGCCAAGAGAGACAACGGUGUGUGCGGCGUCGGUGUCGCUUACGAUUCCAAAGUGGCAGGCAUCCGCAUGUUAGACCAGCCAUACAUGACGGACCUGAUCGAGGCCAACUCGAUGGGCCACGAGCCCAACCUGAUCGACAUCUACAGCGCUUCCUGGGGACCCACCGACGAUGGCAAGACUGUCGACGGACCCCGCAACGCCACCAUGCGGGCCAUCGUCCGAGGAGUAAACGAGGGUCGUCGCGGCCUGGGCAACAUCUACGUGUGGGCUUCGGGAGACGGCGGGGAGGACGACGACUGUAAUUGCGACGGCUACGCGGCCUCCAUGUGGACCGUGUCCAUCAACUCGGCCAUCAACGACGGAGAGAACGCGCACUACGACGAGUCCUGCUCGUCCACGCUGGCCUCGACCUUCAGCAACGGCGCCAAGGACCCGCACACGGGAGUGGCCACGACUGACCUGUACGGUAAAUGCACCAAGACGCAUUCGGGGACGUCGGCGGCCGCACCCGAAGCCGCCGGAGUUUUCGCCCUCGCACUGGAAGCGAAUCCCGAGCUCACCUGGCGGGACAUUCAGCACCUGACCGUGCUAACGUCUAAACGCAACUCGCUGUACGACAGCAAGAACCGAUUCCACUGGAAGAUGAACGGCGUCGGGCUCGAGUUCAACCACCUGUUCGGCUUCGGAGUGCUGGACGCCGGCGCCAUGGUGGCACUGGCCAAGAUCUGGAAGACGGUGCCCGCGCGGUUUCACUGCGAGGCCGGAUCGUACGUCAAGAACAGCGAGUUCAGAGCCAACGAGAGCCUGAAGAUCUACCUGGACACGGAUUCGUGCGCCGGCACGGACACCGAGGUGAACUACGUGGAGCAUGUCCAGGCCGUCAUCACACUGAACGCCACGCGCCGCGGUGACGUCAAGCUCUUCAUGGUCUCCCCGUCGGGAACGCGGUCCAUGAUCCUGAGUCGUCGACCAAACGACGACGACAGCCAUGACGGUUUCACCAAGUGGCCCUUCAUGACCACUCACACCUGGGGCGAGAACCCGCGCGGUCGCUGGACCCUCGAGGCGCACAUGGACCGCGGAGGCGGCGGCAAGGACUCUUCGGACGAGGGCGAGGCCCGGGGCUUCUUAAAGGAGUGGACGCUCAUGAUACACGGCACCCGGGACCCGCCCUACGUCGACCUACCAGCACACGACCACAACUCCAAACUGGCCAUCGUCAAGAAGGCCCACGAAUCGACGCGUCGGGGCGCUGCAGCCCUCAAGGCUAGGACCAGGCCCUGAGAGGAACUCCCGCCGCCCCCCGCGAACGCCAGCCACCACUCCGGACGACGACGCCUAACGGGAUUGAAGCAACACUGCAAGACGACGAAGACGACGAGACCGUAACACGAUGCGCCAAGGAAAUGGGAAGAAAAAAAAAAGUAUCGUUGAACCGACCGGGAACCUCAGAGGUCUACAGAGCUCUAGUUUUGUUGGCUGCACUCGGUGGACGCGGCCGAGACCGUUCAUUCCGAUGGGCGCCGUGUAAGUGAGUGAGCACUGCAGAAGUGAAUAUCUCAUCUCCAAAAAAAGUCAGGUAAUCAAUUAGGACAGAUUCAUAAAUCUGAACUACUUGUUUGCGAAAAUAAUCGGCGAAUCUCCAGCUAUCUAGCAGUAAAUCCCGAAACUCUUGGCCAGUUAGAUUACCCUUAUGCGUAAAUCGCAUAGGUUAACAACCUGCCCAGGAACCUGGACGUUUUAUUGCCAAAUACCUGAAAUUUUCAGAGAUGUUAAGAGAUGGUAAUCAAUCACUAAAACCCUCAUUUGUAAUUACGUUGUUUGGAUACAUUUUAUCUUUCUAUUUUGAUGCUCAUUCAGUUACGCAGUGCCGUGUGCCCGAACGCCGAGAAAGGGCACCAGGCAUAUAGAGCGUCUGCGUCUUACAUUUCUGGUCACCCGCCGCGGUGGUCUAGUGGUUAUAGCGCUCGACUAUUGAUCCGAAGGUCGCGGGAUCGAACCCCAGCCGCGACGGCCGCAUUUCGAUGGAGGCGAAAUGCUGGAGGCCCGUGUACUUAGAUUUAGGUGCACGUUAAAGAGCACCAAAUGGUCAGAAUUUUCGGAGCCCUCCACUACGGCGUCCCUCAUAAUGAUAUCCUGGUUUUGGGUCGUAAAACCUCAACAAUUAUUAUUAUUACUACGUUUCUGGUCAAGGCAGCUAUCAACUUGUAUUCGAAACAAGACCAGGCAUUAGCUAUAGUUUGUAUUUAAUUGUAUCGGGGUCUUAGGCGCCAAUCGAAACGCUAAACUAAGGGGAUGCGACAUCGACGCCUUUGUCCCGUCCUCUCCCUUUUGCAAACAGCAUAGGGCUUGAGGGGAUGAGAAGUUGUUGAACAAUCGACAUAGCUGGAGCCGAUGUUUCGACAAAGUAGCUUGUCUUCGUCAGAGUCCUAACAAAAACAAGUAAUAUUGUUGAAACUUUGAUUUUAGUGGUAUUACCUCGUUCGACAACUUCUGAUCUAUUCCUUUUCUCGCUUUUCUUGGCGCCUGUACACCCUCAAUGUCAAACGCGUUGAGUUCCAGUGUCGCAUCGUCGCGGAUGAUUCGAAGUGUACGGCGACUUGUCACACAUGGCCGUAGCCGGUACCGUGAAUUCAAUUCGCUCUCACCGCGUUGUCUAGUGAACCAGGACAGAUCAGGCGUGUCGUUUCGAGCGUUUCAAACCACAAGCGGCAAAGGGACCCCAGCACAAAAACUUGUCUAAGUAGUCUAUAGAGUGUCUGUAAGACAUGUCUAUUGGCAAGCUGCUCGCUUAUCGAUAUUUUUGUUUGCAGUUGUGUAGAGACUUCGUAAAAGAAUCUCUUUGGAAGAUCAAAACGAACAGAUCAAAAGAAAUAACUCGUCAGCGAUUUCAGAAGUCUUCAUUUUCUCAUGUCCACAUUCGCCGCGGUGGUCUAGUGGCUAUGGUGCUCGAGUGCUGACCUGAAGGUCGUGGGUUCGAAUUCCGGGGCCGCGAUGGCCGCGAUGGCCACAUUUCGACGGAGACAAAAUGCUAGAGGCCCGUGUGCUUAGAUAAUAGGUGCACGUUAAAGAACCCCAGGUGGUCGAAAUUUCCGGAGCCCUCCGCUACGGUAUCUCUCGUGAUCAUAUCGUGGUUCUGUGACGUAAAACCCCAACGAUUAUUGUUCUUGUCCACGUGACCCGGAAACGUCAGCCCCUUCAGUCCUGGUGUACUCGCAGCUACGGCCAUAUGACAAUGACAGAUACAUAGCAGAUCACUCUUUCAGCUUCGGUGCAGAAAGAGCUCGUUUCGUGAUGGCAAAUUGCCACUUAAUGCAUUGUACCCUGUUUGUCAGCUACGGUGCUGCACCUUAGGUCAGCGCCUCUUCCGCCGCACUGAAGCCAACAAAACUGAGCUCUGUAGGCAGACAUUCGAUGGACCUUUCGCUACAAGCGGACCUCCGCGGAGCCUGUCGAGUGAAAUCGCAGCUUGUACUUUUCAAUCGUCAAGCACUGCAAGUUCUCACUGCUGUAGCGAUUACUUCCCUCGUUGCACUCCAAAAAUCCAAUGAACCUCACUGAAGGCAGAGACGGAGCUUGCGAGUAAGCGUUGUUCAUUAGAACCAGCACUUCCAAAUUGCAAUCUUACUUAGAUUGCGCAGGAUAACAGCAUCUAAAGGCUUUUGUUCAAGUUCAAAUACUGCGACCUGGAGUCGCGACACUUCGUUUCUACGAUCUUCCUUGAGCAGUGGCCUCUGCAUCCUCCAUUCAUGUCGCUUGCCAUCUCAGUAGGUCGUUGUCCGUUCUUUUAAACGUAGGAAUGGCUCUGCAACGAACCUGAUUUGACUCUUGCUUCGUAAAGCCUGUUCAUGACCACCUAAUAGAUAAGCGGGAAAUUUGAUAGGUGACACGGAAGCCAACUACGAACAGAUUAUGCAUUAAAGUCUCAUAAAGUCGAUUAUAUAUGCUGUAGCUAAGCUAAACCAAGAGUUAUCAUCACCUCUUUGACGGAACCUUAACUAAAAGAAACUCAGCCUGGAGUAAAUGCUUCGCGUACGUAAUGUGGCGUUAGAAAGGUCUAGUACGACCGCAAACUGACUUACUACGAUACUAGUGUUUGAUGACAACUUUACAUUUGCGACAACAUUCGAUACCCCAUUAUUCUAAUUUCUGUGCGCGUACUUCGCCGUUUUUCGGCACCUUUUAUAAAAAUUACGAUGUUUUUACACGCUUAUUAUGGCUGCCACACGACAAAACAUGAGAUGAAAAAUUCGGAAACAGGGGGUGUAGCGGGCGCUACCGUUUCGACCACAGUUCUUCAAAAGAACUCUGGUUUCGACAAGUGGUCUUGUCUUCUUCAAGAUAAGUCUUGUCUUCUUCAAGGUUGCUGCCUUGAAGAAGACAAGACCCCUUGUAGAAACGGUGACUCCAGCUACACACCGUGUUCAAGGAUUCGUCAUCUCUUCAAGCUCUCAUCUUCCACUGACCUUCCACCUUAUUUGUACAAAACAUGAAGUAAUUGAAGAAAGAAACAUGGCGGAAGCUCUUGUGUUGUUUAAGGGAGCGCAGUAGAACUUGCAGUGCUGCACGCUUGAUGAGAUGUGAAUGGCAUGCUGAAUUCUUGUGACCAAUCUUGGAAUGGCGCCAUAUCUUACAUGUCCUCCUGUGCCCGCUCCUUCUUUAAAUCAAUUCGCUCUGUUAUCGCUGUCUCUCGCAAUGCUUAAGUACGUUCGAGCGUGUUUAAACAUUGAUAGAUAGAAAGAAAUCUAUCAGUGUAGGAGCACUUACGGUCCACAAGAAACAAGAACACGUGCUACAUUUGCAAACACGGGAAAAAGUAACGUCAAAUCGUCGUUUUAGGCGUUGCCUCUUGCUUGUCUCGCGAACGGUACGAAGAACGAAACGAUAUUGAGUGUACAGUCUUCGUCGAAAGUAUCAGUGUCACGACAACCUUGACCUAAGUAGUUUGUCAGGAUGCUUUUAUGUGAAUUCUCGCACGAUAAUAAUUGCACGCAGUCAAGGUAGCGCAGAUUGACGCUGUAUUUUGCUGCGUUCGCCAUCACACGUCUACAGUUGGUUUCGAAGUGUCACUUUUAUCACGGUGCCCAUUAAUCGAGAGGCUCAACGUCAAGUUAAAGAUGACGAUCGCACCAUGUUCUAGAAUAAGGACAACAGCCAAGCUGUUUCGUUAUUGUUCUUUCUGUCCAAAGGAAGCAGCGAUCGAAGCAAAAUUUACAGGAACGUUUUAUGUGUAACGUAACUGUCGUUCCUACUGAAUUUCACUUCAAUGGAUGUACAUCUAGACGCAAUAAAAAUAACCGAAACAUCAAAACCAACAAAACUACAAUCCAUUAACUUAGAUCAAAGAAACGACUGUUCACUUUGGCGGAUGAAAUUGGCAUCUUCAUAACGGUUACCUUCGUAAAAGCGCGCGCUAUCCCCUAAAAUUGAAUUUGCUGUGUUGCUGACACGUACAUCAGAAGGCCCUGUAACGUUUUAGACUGAACUAAGUUCGCCUAACACUACGGCGUUGGCUCUGGACACAUAAUCCUGUUCACGCAGCUAAUAUUGUAGGCAGUGAGGAGAGAGAUGGUUAAAGCACUCGAUAAGCCUACUUUGUGAAAUGUGAAGCCGAACCGCAUGAACUGGCGGUGAGACUGUCUCAACGGUGUUGUGGCCUGUGUACUUUUGGCAAAGACUGUAGCUAUUUUAGGCUGACAAUGCUCUCAAGUCCUGUGCGCGACAGUAUUUUUCAAUGCCAGCGUUAAGAAGAGCAUACAAAGCUGGAAAGACAUCAAUGUACAAACUCUGCAACGGUGUGCAUUGAAGGGAGGCUUUGUAAAGAAAUUAGAAGCUACCUAUGUUGCCUGCUCCAAAAUUUUAGAGUUGCAUCUUCGAUGUUUUAAGCAGUGAUGAGUUUACGUUGACGUGAGAUGGGGACUACAAAGAGUGUGCUGCGUCAAGUCAGGUUUAUUUUUCCUUCAACAGUAAAGACCAGCCGCAUAAAGGCUACGGCGAACAGCAAACUGACUUGAGGUCCGGGCAAAAACAAAAUUUUCGAUGCACACUCGAUGCAUGAUCAAUCGGAAAGUGUGUCCAUUGAUAUCUGCUGAAUAGCGAGGUGGGCACUUGUUUUGGUAAUGCCCGACCGAAAACGCCAGUGAGGAGUGGUGAAACGUAGAAUCAGAAAUCUUUUCGUGAUCCUUUCGGCUUCCGCGGAUUGUAAAGUGGUGGAUGGACAUAAUUACAAAUUGCAGGAAAUGUGAAAUAAUUACUAAGAUUAUGACGUAAAAAUAUGUCUUCAAUAUUAUUUCUGCAAGAUUGUUCAGCUCUCGCCGAGAAAUUUGUGCUUUUCCAUGCCCGUGUUUGAAGCAAUGCACACGACCAAUGUGCAAAGGUCGCUCUGCAUGGCUAAAGGUUACCACUAUGUAAAGACCACUGACGAAUAAUCAGCAGCUCUUCGGGCACGAGCAUUCCCUCAAACACCUCCCCCCCCCCUUCCUCCCCUGUUUUUUUUAACUGUGAUCGGGGAGGAUUCUGCCCUUGUAUUCGGCAAAAUUUAUCGAGAGCAAAGAAAAGAGCUGCUUAUGAUCAGGUGGACAGGUCUGUUCCACAUGUGUGGUCCUCAAAAUCAUUGCUUUAACAAAAGAUGAUGUUGGGAGUCAAAAUACUCGCCCUGAUUCUGUGGCUAUAAUUGGCAGGAAUAUUCGUUCAGCUCUUGUGAAUACCUACGAUCCGUUAAGGGCGGCCACUCCCGUUGUUGUGUUUGAAGAAGCGAUCUUACUUGAGAUUUAUAGUAUAUGAGUUACGCCACUACAGAUGCAAAACAGUGGUGUGGCUUGUUACGUUGAUCCCACAGUGACAGGGGAUUUAAUAAGAGAAGUUUAUCUAAGCGUACGAGUUAAAGCUCAAAUGUCACAUCUAAACUCGGGCAUAUCGAAGAACCCAGUUCAACCAAGAACUGUGGGAGAGGAGGAGUAAAUGGAAAAUGUAUAUUUUUUAACUAUUUAACGAUUCUCAAGUGCGAAUUGAUCGAACAUUGACGGCGUUCUAUAAUUUGGUAAUCAAAGAGCUCAUUUCAGUUUUCAAGUCGCAAAAAAUUUUUUACACAAAAAUUGCAAAAGUACAGUCGACAACUGUAAAUUGACCAGAAGAAACCGAAAACGGCGUCACUGUGAACAUGUGUCGACAAUAUUACGCACAAUAAAGUCAUUUUCUUUUCCAUUGCAA